AAACUGUUAACCUAGUUAUGUAAUCUCUUUCUUACAUAGUGGAUUUGAUCUGACUGGACUAUGUCAUGUGGCUUUCCCCUUGAGCUAUGUCCGUCACUCCGUUGUGCUUUUACUUUUUCUGCAUUUAUUUUACUUAUUGAUGUUUAUGAGUUUGGAUGUAUGAUGAAUUGAGUGGAUUACUUGCUAUUGUAUUAAUUUAAUUAUUGAAUAGUUGUUAAUUCAGUUAAAAUCAAUUGAAAUUAGUUAAUCAACUUUCAAAACCUAUUUAGUCCCCUUCUAGGUAUAGUUAACGGGCGUAGUAUAACGUUAUAUAAGAUUCUAGGGUUCCGGUUCUAAUACCUCAUACGACAUUAUUAUUUCUAAACUCCUAAUUAAACUAAUGACUGAGAUAUGUUAGUUAAUAUAUAUUUUUUCUUCUGGUUACUUCCUCAAUUAAGGUGCAUAAGAAUGCAUAUAUUCUAUUGUUACUGUUUUUCAAUGUUGCAGUUUGAUAAGUUCACAUUCUUUGUUUUUUAUUGACUCCCUCUCCAGCAUGAGUCGUUUGGGUCACUCAACAUUAAGAUUACAAAGCUUUUAAGAUUGUAUUUAUUAACUAUCAAUUGGUGCGAGACCCUGAUCUCUAAACUUACCAUUAGAGGGCGCAGUUGGAUAUUACAGGCUUGCAGAUUCAAUGUUUUUCGUAAAACACAUGUUAUUUUUAUGGAUCUCAUAUUUACCAUUAGUUAUAUGCUUACAUAUUCAGUGUUGACUUGUGGCUUGAUUUAGGGCCAACCAUUGGAUCAUUCCCUUGGUUGGGAUACUUGGCUGAUUUUCACGCGAACUUCACUGAAUUUCCUUUAAAUCAUUAUAAAAUGUUAGAAGCUAGCUAAAAAUAAUCUAGCACUUUCUGACUUUCUGAACUCUUCUGCCAAUGAAUGUUCUUCUGGAACUCAAUUAUGGUUACAAAAACGGUAUACAAUUUUUGUAGGAUGUUCACAAAUAUGCAUCUCUGGUGAGAGUCUUAAUUCAUAUUCCUUGCUUCAUAUUACCCACCUUUGUUUUUCAAAGAUUCUCAGUCAAAUACCAUUUGAUUCCUGUUUUCCAUUUUUUUUUCCCUAAAUAUAUAUCUCAAUAUUUCAAAUUGACAUUUUUUCCGGUGGAGCGGUGAAAUGUGUAAAGAUCAGAAAGAACACCAACUGCGAAAGCACUCUGCUGGGCUGACACUGACACUGAGACGAAAGCUAGGGAUACUAUCAGAUUAUGACAAGAGGGCCCAUUAUGACAGGUAUUUGUUAUCUCAGAGAAUGCUAGUUCAAAAACAUUGUAGGCAAGGUUCUAUACUGUGGAGAUAUGAAUCCCAUGGAAUUACAAUGAAGCAGAUGGAAGUUGUUGAAUGGUUGAAAUGGUAUAGAUAUGCUAUAAAUGAUAUUUUGUUGGAGAAAAGGGUAGUAGUUGGAUCAAGCUAUUUUGAUGUACUGGAAAGAGACUUCUACUCAGCCGUACAUGCAGCGUUUUAUGGCCCUGAAAUUGAAUCAAUGGAUCUCCUUCCAGAAUGUUUUGAAGCUGAGGAGAGGUCUGUGUAUGGUACCCCUGAGGUGUUGCACUUGGUUUCAGGGCGGGACCUUUUUGGGAUGGUAUGCUUAUCUGACAGGUUUCCUGAAUUAUCAGAGUGUUACAAUGAGAAACUGGAAUCUUUUGCAUCCAAAGAUUCAGGGUUGUGCAAAUCCAUUAAGAAUGUGAGCAUUCAAAUGAAUUCUGGGGUAGCUGAUGGUGGAACUCGUCAGAUGCAAGCCGAAUAUAAUGACUACCAAACACCUGAUGCAUAUAAAGAUCUAGAAUUGCAUGUAUCAGGGAGGAUGGUGGCUAUGGCCGUUAGAGUCCGUCCUAAAAGCUAUUGUAAUGGGAUACAGAAUGAAGAUUCUCAAGAUCGCAUACAUAUCUAUCUUAGUUCACAUCAAGAUCCAAUGUAUGCAAGCAAAAGUUUUCCUAGAGACUCUUUUAUGGGUGUUGCAGAUGGAUCUAGGAUUCCACUGGGAACAAUAACUGGUCUCGGGACUAAUGAAGAAGAAGGGUCCUGCUUUGUCUACAAUUACAGUGGUAUAAAAACCCAUGUGAUUAUGAAGCAUAGAACGUUGCUGGUAAAACACAUGCACUGGUAUCAAGUGGGAGAAAAAGUUUCUGUUUGUGAGUGUAGAUGCAGUAGAGCUCGGUUACCACCAAGCAAAUUUUGGUUGUUUGAACCUCGCUGUGGCAUGCAUGAUAUUGGCGGUUGGUAUGUUGAGACAUAUGGCAGAGAUAAGAAAAGCCGGACUGUUCCAUCCCAAAGGUAUUGGGAUGGUUUGGACGCAAAUGAACAGUUUGAAAAGAGACUUCAUCCGGCUGUAUAUUUGCUUGCUAUUGCAUAUAGAACUCUAGAUCUUGAAGAUGCAAAAAGGAGGAGACAAACAGUACGAGGUAUUGUUGAAGGAAAUUUGUUAAAAAUGAUCAAUUGGUGCAAGAAACUUCUAUAGGAAGGAUGUCGUUUGGCAUUCCAGGUUUGGUAAUUGCUUCCUUUCUGAGGCCCAAAUAUUAGCCACUGUUGAUAGUAUUUUUUGAUGGACAUCAGAAAGCUAAUUGCAUUAGCUACGGCAUCUCCAUUUAUCGUUCUAAUGCCACAGAUGUUGACGAAAAUGAACCUUGGAAUAUAUUGAGGAAACAGCCAUCUAACUUGCCGUUUCUAGAAUUUGUGAAGACAUUUACUGGAUGUAUUUGAGAAUAUCAGCUUAGUGUGCUGGUUGAGAUGUGUUGAGGAACAUAUUCAGUUCUCUCUUCUGCAUGAGAUGUUCUUGAAGUCGAUUUAUGGCAUUGUUCUUUGGAAGAGUUAAAAGGAGACAUUAUUCACUGAAUCUCAACUUCAUUAAGCAAGAGAUGGAAAGAGUUUUGUGGCAGUUCAUCAGGUAGACAGCUACUUUUGUUUCCAGAUGGUGGCUUAUGCAGAGAGUGGUGAUAUUUAAGUAGUAAGUCAUUAGAUCUGUAGCCAGUUAACGCCUCCCCGUCCCUUAAUCUACAGGGACCAGAAACUUUUUUUUUAGGUUAGUUUUUGCUAGUUUCACAUUGUUACUGUGUAUAUUUUUCAUAAUAAGCUGCAACUCCUUUUUGAAAACUAGGCUGUUUUUGUUUUUACUAUUACAUUAUUUACUGUACAUUAAUAGAGGUCGUUUAUGUUAAGAAGUGAAAUAAUUAAUAUUGUUCCACAAUUCCUAAAUUUAAUAUGGUUGUAUUUGUUA